GUCUUCGGCGAAGUUGCCAACGAGCUGCAUCGGAGUAUUUGGUUUCUGCUUUCAGGCGACACCCAGCUGAUCGAAACAUACCGAGGUCCACCUCUGGACAGCAUGUGCCCAUGGUCCCUUGGUCCGGAACUCGCUCGCCGUGGUGUCGAUCUUCCGGGGAUGGUGGCUCCAAGUCGGUUCGAGGAGAUCUCUUUAGUGCGCAUUUCGGUCCUCCCGGAAAAUCGAGGCGUGGCAUUUGCUUUCAGUUGGAAUUUCAUUUCUGCUGCGCUCGACGCAUUUGGUUGCUUCGCUAGGGCGUUUGCGUACGCAUUUGCGCACGAUCUUGCGCCAGCUGUGCCCGGAGUGGGCAAGAAGGCCCUUGGGCCGGCUCCUCCGGAAAUGCUGCCGGAGCUUACGGCUGAACUGGAUGCGCUUGUGCCUGCUGAUGCGGACAACGAUGAUGCCAUAUUCGAUGUGGUGUCUCGUUGUAUAGCUCCGCUACCAGUGUUGCGAUGCACAAUUGAGACUUGGUGUCGCACUCUUCCGCCUGGCGUGCUCCGGUCCGCUGCUGAGGAUGUGCUUUUGGUCUUCUCCCCGGAACAUCUGUGCACUCGCAUUUCUGGUAGAAAGGCCUGUUCCAGUCCCGCUUCUCCUGACUUCGUGCCUCUUCCUGACUUGCCAGUUAUUGUCUGUGGGCCUUUGGUGUCCCAUUGGGUGGAGGGUGUCAACGCAGGGCACUUGGCAGUUACCACGAUUGCCUUUUCUGAUGUCGCCGCUUGGAGUUGGCGUCAGGCUGCGCCGCCUGCAUCACCUUCCCUCGGCCACCUUCUGGGCUUACGCCGGUGUUCUCUCCUCCUUCCUGCAGCUUGCGAGUUCUGCGCCAAUUGUCAGAGUGGGUCCACAGCUUCCUCUCUGCGCUUGGCCCGCUCCUGCUCAUGGCCAAGACAGGACGGCCGGUUCGGAUUCGUUUCCCUUUCUCGGCGCAGACUUUGGAACCGUUAUCCGACUGGCUUGCUGCCAUGGCCGACCUCACGGCAUCUGGCUCCCUCACUCAGACAGAGCGGAGACAACAUCGGAGACAACAGUUUACAUUGA